AUGCUCUUCCUCGUCGUGGACGGGCUGCUGCUCACGCAGGCGCGAUUUCUCAUCCACCACACCCUCCUCGUCCGGACGGAGAUGAACGAGGAGCUGCUCUUCUUCGUGUCCAGCCUGGGGGAGUUGUACCUCCACAAGCGCGCGCGGCUUCAGGCGCUGCGCGCGCCCGAUGGCCCCCGAAGGCCCAACGAAGUCAAAAUGGAAGCGGAGGUGGGGCUUCUGGGGUGUUUGUACUACCGAAGCAUCACGAAGCUCCACCGCGUGAUGGAUUACCUCGAGGACGUUCGAGACCUGGAGUUUCUUCUCGAGAUGCAUUUUCUCUAUGAAAAGGAAUUCCACACGAUGGUGGGGCGGGAGCGGUAUCGGACUUACCUGACGGAAAAAAUUAAACAACAUCAGACGGACAGACCACAGGGGAGUGUGAAUCAAGCGGGAUCGUCUUAUUGCCCUAAUCGCAUCGUAAAACGGGGUAAUAGGGCAAUAGUAAGAGACAUGGACCCAGGGGAUGAUAUUCAAUAUGUGAUCGAUAAACUCCAUUUGGGUAAGGCGGCGAGGUCCCGAGCCGAUGUUGAUUUCGUCGAUCUAGACGACAGGGACUAUGGAAUAGCUGAAGAUUUGGAGAAUACGGGAGCGAAAAAAUCGCGCUUUUCCUUCUUUCGAAGGGUUUUCAAACAGGUGACGGAUAUGGGCCAUAAAACCGAUUCGACUAAUAAUCAAGUAGCGUCUCGUUCCCUUUCACCAAAGAAAAUUUUAUUGUUCUUGUUGUUGUGUGUGAUUAUGUACUACUUCUUUUGUAUUCCCUAA